AUGUAUGUAUCGGCAUAUUAUAUCUUUAAAGACCAGAAAAACGAAAUUGAUGGUAUAAUUCCAAAGACGUUUAGGUCAAUUAAGAGCUAUUGCUUUAAAGAAAACCAAACCGAAAAGAACAUAAGUGAAUUUGUUCAAUACCGACAACGGAGUAACAGUCAAAAGGAAUUUAUGGAAUUAUUUACAAACUUAAACAUACCAUUUGGGACAGGUAAUGUUUCAAUAAUAAAUGCAAUGUGGGGGCCUAUAACAAACCUUAAGUUAAAUACUACAGUUCUUACAAUACGGGGAAUGAAACGUCACACCUUUCAUAGAUCAACAGCAAUAGCAGUUAUUGUUACUCGGAAACGAAUUUCAUUGUACAACAAGUUUAUCAGAGGUUUUAUUAGUUGUAAACAUACAUUUAUCUUGCCUGUAUCAUUGAUUGUAGUCUAUGGUAUUCUUACCUGGAUAUUAGAAAGAAAAGAUAACGACAACUUUAACGAGUCUUUCUUAAGAGGAGCAAUGACUGGCAUAUGGUGGAGCUUUAUAACACUUACAACUGUUGGUUAUGGAGAUGUAGUACCUAAGUCACUACUGGGAAGAAUAUUGGCUUGUGUUGUAAUGUACACUAGAAUGGUAAUAGUGUGUGUUAUAACAGGCACAGUAACAGCUUUGGUUAGUGGCACAAGUGAUCUAGGGAUAUAUAAAAGACGUGUUGCAGUAGUAAAAGAUUCCUACGAAGAAAGAAUUGCUAAAGAGGAUUACAAAGAAAAAACUGUCAGUGUAGUAAGCUAUAAAGAAGUGAUAAAAAAAGUCCGCAAUAGAGAAGUUUUUGCAGGACUUAUGAACAAAGAGGAUGUAUUUGCAUAUCAAGACAGCAUCACUGCAGAUGACGUGUUAAUACCACUCAGAAUUAUAUACACAGUUCCUGCUGUUCUUGAUCUAUCCAUCUUAAUAGCUCGCAAUGAUGACAGUAAGUUAUUGUGGAAAUGCGUACGUAGCAAAAUAGAAGAGGUCUAUUUGCCACAUGCAAUGGAAUAUCAAACAAAAUUAAAAAUCGAAACUUUCUAUUAUGAUUCUAUAUCCGCAUUACUUGAUGAUAUAUCCUUCAAAGUAUUAUUAGGAUUUGCAAUUAGUCUCGGAAUAAUAGGAAUAUUAUCCGAGUUUAAACGACACAAGUUAUCAAAAACAACAGAUCACAAUUAAGCAAAAAACAAACAUGUAGAUACCACUGGAAAUACGACUAAAACAUCAAUCGAUUAACAAAAAAUGAAAUAUUAACUGCAAUUUAAACAAACCGCAACAAUAAACACUUUAAGCAGGAAUGAACAAAUGACUGCAACAAAAUGACAAAAACAUGGUUAACAUUUGUUCACAUAUAAAGAAGAAGAGAUAACUGUGAGAGUGUAUUGACACAUUGCAGGAAUCGCUAUAUCACAUGUAAGCCGCAAUUGUUUUUCCAAUCUGCCAGUAAAAGCAUCGCAGUACAAGUUUACAAUCGAUCUAACUGCAUUUACGGACAGCAAGCAAAGGUAUAAAAUACAUUUCUUCAGAAACUGUGUACUUUAAUGAAUUGCUACAUGAGGCGACGUGCUCUUUACGCGAAAUAAAAUUCUAUAUGGCAGUGAAAAGCGUAACGGUUUACAUGCUUUACUUUGGGUGGAAUUCCAUUAUGGGGUUGCUGUCGAAUUUUUGUAUUCGUAACUUUGGAGUACAUGCACUGAUCAAAAAUCGCCUUUUACUCAGGACGAUAGUGAAAUGCCACCCGAAGUGAGUUUCACGUCACCUGCAGUAAUGGAUACUUUUGUGAAUAUGCAUAAAAUAUUGUGGACAAAAGGGACUAAAGCUCGUUCACUUUGAGUUCUUUGUAAAUGACACAUACCUUGCAACAUGAUCGAACAGACCAGAAAGGACGAUCUGUCGUAUUGCAACAGCCUAUAAUAUUAACAGAGAUUGUUACUAACCUGCAAUAAAUCUUAACAUUAUUAUUUUAUAAUCAAGUUUAAAGUAGCGCUUCAAAAAAAACAGGACGCCUGGUAUGACAUUACAUAAGCAUGUCACAAAAAGUAAUAUUUAAGAAAAAAUGCCAAAUCAACGUAUUACUUACUGUUUUAUCUGUUGGAGGUUUCAUUUUAGGGUCAAUAAAUGCAGCCACAUCCGAAUUGACAUGAUUAACUGUAAAACAUUAGAAAUACUUAUAUUACUUUAAGUUCUUUCUACUAAUCGUAUCAAAUUUGUAUAAUUUUUCUCUUUUUUUACAAAAUUUCCUAAAAUUUGGUUUAUAAAUCACAACCUUACAAUAUUGUAUAAAGUUUUCAGCUGGAGAAAAGAGACAGUAAUCGGACAAACUAAGCGUUAUCUACUUUGUGAUAAAUGAUGACAGUCAGAGUCCAAAUUAUUCAACGAUAAUAAAAGAAUAAUAGACCUAUAAUAACUUGUUAGGCGGGUAAUACUGGAGUAUAUUGACCGAUCAAAGUAUUGCCGGAUCUUGUGCGUGACAGAGAUCAAUAUUCGAAGGUAUUGCCCGAAAUAAACAGUUAUUAUCCGGGUACUGCAUUUUACGACAAAAAAAAUAACAUUAUAAGCAGAAUGUAGAAACAUGUCUUUGAAACUACUCCCAUAUGGAACGUACAUUCGAAUUAAAAAUAAUUUUUAAAAUCGAAUAUCGUGUAAACAUAGAAUUAUUUAGAAGAUACUUAGCUAUAACGUUUAGCUAUAACGUUUA